CAUCCCCAGUCAUGAGCGCACUGGGCACGCGCGGCUUUCCGUCGCUGCCGUUGGUUCCCUACCAGCAUCUGUUCCUCCGUUGGUAUUAAAAAUAGACCGGUGCUGAUAACAGACUUAUGUUUCGGCUUCAUCACUCGCCGUCGGGAAUCGCUUGCGUGCUACUUUCAUCUUAAUCACCGAACCGUGACCGGUGGGAGCGUAAAUGCGCAUCGGUGUGCGCAUCUCUGAAUCUUUGGAACCUCGCCGUGGACAAUCUCUCUGACAUCCAAAGACAUCUUCCCCGCAAUCCCAGCGAGGCUGCUUCGCCGCCUAUGGCCGCAGAUCAGCUCGGCUGGCCUCGUCCCGGACCUUUCACCCACGGCUGCCCUCCAAAAGGUGUUUGAAUCAGGGAGACAUCUCCACGGGAUUAAAAAAAAAUCACCUCGGCUGGCUGCUUUUAAAGAACCCGGUGCUAUGCUGGGCCCAUCUUUUUAGAUCUCGUGAUCAAUAGCCUACACCAUCUCUCCUCCCACAUUCGUCCGACCGAGAGACCCUUAUCGAGCCCUAACGAUGCAUCCUAUCGCGGUGAUGCUGGCGGUGGUCCUUCUGGGCAACUUGAUGCUGCCCUUUGCCUCGGCUCAAAACGCUGGGUUUGUGAAGUCGCCACUGUCUGAGACUAAGCUUACCGGGGAUACCUUUGAGCUGUACUGCGAGGUGGUCGGUAACCCCACUCCAGAGAUCCAGUGGUGGUACGCCGAAGUCAACCGGGCCGACUCCUUCAAGCAGCUUUGGGACGGAGCCCGCAAGCGCAGGGUGUCCAUCAACACGGCCUACGGCACCAAUGGGGUCAGUGUGCUCGGCAUCACACGCCUCACACUGGAGGACUCGGGGACCUAUGAGUGCAGGGCAAGCAACGACCCCAGGCGCAAUGAUCUCCGACAAAACCCGGCUAUCACCUGGAUCCGUGCCCAGGCCACCAUAUCAGUGCUACAGAAACCAAAGAUCAAUGCCUCUGAUCAGAUCGUCCUGCCCCUGGACGGACCUGUCAAAUCGGUUAUCCUACAUUGCAACCUGACUGCUGCCCAUACGGCCCACAAGGACAGCUUCUGGAUGAAGAAUGGACGCGAGAUUCCAAACACACGGGGAGAAGAGAGGACUAGAUCGUUCAGAAUCUCUAAACCUCGAGCAGACGAUUCGGGGGAAUACAUGUGCGUUUACACAUUUGAUAAAGCACCAAAUGCAAACGCAACAAUUGAAGUGAAAGCAAAACCCUACGUCACGGGGCACAAGCGAAGUGAAAAUAAAAACGAGGGGGAAAAUGCCAUGAUGUACUGCAAGUCUGUCGGCUACCCGCACCCAACUUGGACAUGGCGAAAAGUGGACGGAACAUCUUACAAGGAUAUUGACAACUCCACAGGACGCUUCUUCAUCACAAACAGAGACAACUACACAGAGAUCAACAUACUGAACCUAGAUAUAACCACGGAUCCUGGAAUAUAUGAAUGCAACGCAACCAAUGUGAUUGGGAACACUGCGGAGACCACGAUACUACGAGUGCGCAGCCAUCUUGCGCCGCUUUGGCCUUUUCUGGGAGUGCUUGCAGAAAUUAUCAUCCUCGUCGUCAUCAUCGUUGUGUAUGAGAAACGCAAGAGGCCAGAUGACAUUAUUGAUGACGAUGAACCAGUCGGACCAGCGAAAACAAACUCAACAAACAACCACAAGGACAAAAACAUACGCCAGAGGAAUACAAAAUAAGCAAUUUACUCAAAUGAGAUGGAUAAACUGCAUUUUUUUGACUACAUGAAAGUAUCAGAGGUUGACAAAACUCCAGGCAGUGUGGAAUAACCCAUAUCCUGUCUCAUUCUAUGAGAAACAAUAUCAGCACAACACUGGCAACAAUAAGAACUUACUGUAAUGGCUGUCUUAAGCAUGCCUUAUCCAGUCUUAGAUGGCAAUUUCAGGAUGAUGAAUAAUGACUAACACGCCACAAAGGUGUACACAUUUCCAAUGUGCUGUUGAUGUCUCCUUUAUUAAUUUUAACAUUUCCUCAACUGAGGUGAUCCCUUUUGUAUUACAUAUCAUGUACAAUGCAUGCAAGAUAAUAACGCAAUAGGAUACUCAGAAUAGACAUUUUCUGUUGUUAUCCCUCGUGUGGCUUUUUUGCAUCCAAUCUACCUGUUUUUUAUGGAGUCAUCCUAAAUAUAUAUAUAUAUAUAUAUAUAUAUAUAUAUAUAUAUAUAUAUAUAUAUAUAUAUAUAUAAAUGCUUUUUAUCAACAAUUUGUACAGCAUAUCAUUGUCAUUGAAAUAUUUAAUUUGUCAGAAGAAAAUCUACUUUUAUCAGAACUUUUAUUGUGAAGCAAGGGCUUCAUUGACAGGCAGUAUUUAAAUUUAAUUGAGCGUGCUUACAGAAAAUGACUACUGUGUGUUUAACUAUCUUAAUGAAAAGGAUAUCUGUAUUAUUUCUAUUUUCUUUCCAGAGUAACUUAGGUGUCUUGUAUAUGUUGAAGUAUGAGUGUUCAAAUGAUAGGAAAUAUGUAAAAAAAAAUCAUAUUUUUUUUAUAAUUCUCAAUUUCAAUUCAUUGAUUUUUACUUUCUAUUUUUUUCUCUUUAACUGUAUAGCAUGGCUAUAAUCCUAUGCAAUAUGUAUUCUUAAAUAGAUAUAUGGAGGGCAGUUUGUUUUACUCAGUGAAGCUUUAAUCUUGUGGGAUCACUUGAAAGCUGGCAUAGAUUCACUGCUGUAGCUGCAUGACUCCUCUUUCAAUACAAUGUAUCCAUGUGUGUUGCGGUGGGAAAGGACCUGGUUUCGGGAUGUGAACUGAGGGACCAGAGCAUAUAGCCACGAUCAAACAUAUGAGUGAGACCAACAUUUUUUUUCUGAAUAAAAACAAUGUCAAAAACCA